AAUAUUAAAAAUUUUGUUAUCUUACUAACUUUAACUGUAUCCAGUAUGCAAAAAUAAUAUUGCUGGCUGAAUCUAAACAUCAGAUCAGUCUGCGUAAUUUAUUGGAUUAUUUAAAUAGAACUAUAAUUACUGUGAAAAAAUUAGAUAGAAUUUGUUAUUUUUAUGUAAAUUUAUCUGUCGUAUAUCGCUUUGGAACAGGAAGAUGACAACUCUAAAGGGUCGUCAAAAAGAUAUAUGAAAAAAUUUAUCCUUUUACAUUGUUUGAAACCAACAUCCUGACAAAAUGUCUCAAAGAGGUUGGCAACCAGGGACAGAAGUCAUUGCUCGCUAUAGUUUCAAGGGUAGCUCUGAAGAAGAUUUAGUUUUUCAAAAAGGGGACAUCAUGACAAUAGUUACUCCAACAAAAGAUCCUAAUUGGUAUAAAGCUAGACAUGGGGAUUGCCGUGAAGGACUCAUUCCUGCUAAUUACAUUCAGAAACGUUCUGAAGUAAAACUAAAUGCUAUGCCCUGGUUUCAUGGGAAAAUUACACGUGAAGAAGCAGAAAUACUUUUACAACCUAGAGAGGAUGGACUGUUUCUUGUUAGAGAAAGCACUAACUUCCCUGGAGACUAUACACUCUGUGUUUGUUAUAAAAGUAAAGUGGAACAUUACAGAGUUAUUUAUAAAGAAAACAAAUUAACCAUUGACGAAGAAGAAUAUUUUGAAAAUUUGUCAAGACUUGUAGAGCAUUAUCAGAAUGAUGCUGAUGGCUUAUGCACCAGGUUAGAACAAUCUGUUCCAAAGAAAGGGGGUCCAGAACUAUCUGUUGAUUCACAAGAGUUCGAAAAAGCUGGUUGGACUAUAAAACUAGAAGACUUAAAACUCGGUGAAGUUAUUGGAAAAGGAGAAUUUGGUGAUGUUGUGCUCGGCUGUUUGCGAGGACAAAAGGUAGCUGUAAAAGUUCUUAAAGAUAACAGCAAGGCAGCUCAAUCUUUUUUGGUAGAAGCUUCUGUCAUGACAUCCUUAAGUCAUAGGAAUCUUGUGCAGUUGUUAGGUGUAGUGUUUGAUUGGCCUUCUAUUUACAUUGUUACUGAGUUUAUGUCCAAGGGAUCUCUGGUAGAUUACCUACGCUCUAGGGGAAGACAACACGUCACCAAGCAAGAUCAAAUUCAUUUUGCAACGUGCUUCCUGUUGGAAAAAGAUGAUGAUACAGACAAAGAAGUAUCAGAAUGGGGAAAGAAACACGAUGAUUAUUCUAUCUUCUGUCAAGUUUGUUCAUCUACUGUGAAUAUCUCUAAUAAGGGAUUUCUAACAAUAUCUCAGCAUGUUGGCACAAAAAUGCAUCAAGAACAAAUGGACGUUAAAAAGAAUCCGCUUCAAUUUCGUUUGUUUAACAACAUAUCUACAAAUGAGGAAAUGCGAGCUGCAAGUAGCAGAACAAACACUCUCCGUACCAUUUAUCUUCAUAAUGAAAAGGAAUCUGCUACUGUUGCUGAACAUAUAUGGGCAAUGAAAACUGUUGCAUCAAAUUAUUCUGCAGCAUCAUUUUCUGGCAUUGUAGCAACUUUUAAAGCUAUGUUUCCUAACAAAGUCACGGAUGAAAUGAAACUUCCACUAGCCAAAUUGUUGAUGUUGUGGAGUGACUGUCCCAGUGUUAACAAGAAAGUUAAUAGGUUGAUGAAUGAAGAAGUAUGUGAUUUUGGAUUGGCUAGAGAGCGAUGUUUUAAUCUUGAAGGUGGAAAGUUUCCUAUUAAAUGGACUGCUCCUGAAGCAUUGCGUCACAGUAAUUUCUCCAAUAAAUCUGACAUGUGGAGUUUUGGUAUUUUGUUGUGGGAAAUUUAUUCCUUUGGUAGAGUGCCUUAUCCGAGAAUACCUUUGGCAGAUGUGGUAAAACAUGUUGAGAAAGGUUACAGAAUGGAGGCACCCGAAGGAUGUCCGUCUGAUAUAUAUGACAUCAUGAAACAAGCCUGGGAUCUUGAGCCUGAAAAUAGACCAAACUUUAUAGAUGUACUAAAACGAUUAGAACAUUUAAGGGCUCUUACAGACUGAAGCAAUAUUAUGUGUAGUUCUCUUGAUUGUGUUUUGUCUGAUAUGCAGAUAAUGCAUUUUUGUAGAGUUGCAGUGCCUUUAUGGUGGUAUGCGUAUGUUUGUAAACAGCGGUGAAAAAAUAAAACUGAACUUGUAAAUUAGUCCUAAGCCUGCCCACUUCUGUCGAACAGUGCUUCCAUUGAAAGACUGAGGACAGAAAUUCUUGAAGAUAUUCAUUUUGUAUUGUACAUUUCUUAAAACAAAAUAUAGAGUAUUUAACUUAUGAGCCAUUUGUCCUAUCUCAUGUGCUAUGUAAAAUCAUUUCAUUAAUGCCGAUCCAUAUCAUAUUUGGCCAGAUUUUGUAUAUUUUUACUGUUAAUGAAUUUGAUAUGCACUUCUGUGUGUUAUACAAGCUUGUAAUACAACAUAUGAUUAAAAUUUUGUAUUAUGUUUCUAACUGAGCUGAACCUCUUGAGACUAACUGGGUACUUAAAAGUUUUUUCUAAUAGUUUUAAUAUACAUUUUUACUUUAAGAUAAAGUAAAAAAAAUUUAUAUUUUCCACUGGACUAAAGCCCACUUUAAAAUUUCCUAAAGAAGGGAUGUUUUUCAUUGCAAUAAGUAAAAAAUGGUAAUUAUUAUUGUUCUUAUUUUCAUGGUUCAACAAUUGGUCAAAGAUAUGUAUCAUUAAGUUUGAUUUUUUAGAUAAUCAUAUAGAAUGUUUACACUUUUUUGCCAACUAUAAUUAUAUUUUUAAAAAAAAUCUUUUUUGAUGUUGUUCUUGUAGCCUUGAGAAUUAAAACCCUUUAAGCUUAGAACAUUAUUAUUUUAUCAGGAAGUAGACUUAACAAAAACUAAUUAUGUAACUUUUUAUCAUUGUUUAACCCUUUACUACACAUAUAUUUAGAAACACCCUAACCCAUAACAUUAUAUUAAAUUAAAAAUGCAAAAAUUAAGUCUUUAAGAAUGUUAUCAUGAAUAACUUUUGUAUUAUAAAUAUUCUAAAGAAAUAUAUCUAAAUUUUGUUGGAAUAAUAAUUUAUUUUAUAUCUCAUAAUGGAAGGAUGCUCAUUUCUCCACGGCCAAACGCAAGUUUAAUUCAUUCAUUUUCUGUGUAAUUUUUUAUAAAAUAAAAUAUGUUUUUAAGCUCUAGUCUUUAGGUCUAUAGAGUGUUCUGUAAUCAUCGCCCUUAAUGUAAAUUUUUAGAAUCCUCAUUUAAAAAAAAUUUAAUGAAACGAUGCACUUUAAAAUCAGAAAUUAAUAUUUAUGCCAGAAAGAAAUGAAUUUUGUAAUAUGUCGAAUAACUAGUGAAGGAGAUGAGGGGAAAAUAUUAAAAUUAGUUUAAUUGACUAAUAGAAAUUAGAGGUGUUUGUAAUUAUUGUAACUCUUUGUUUCCAUCUGGCAAUGAAACAAGUUCUGAUAAUUUUCAGUUAUGCCUUCCUCAUUAGUAAUUUAUUAGAUUUCUAUUGUAUUUUCAUUCUAACUUUAUUUAAUUAUUUAUUCGGUUUCUCUCAAAAAGAAAAUCAGUUAAUAAUUUUUUAACUUCACUUUUUAAUGCAAUAUCCUGUCUAAUCUUGUUAAACGUAAAGAAAGAACCAUGCUUUUGUUUCAAAUAUUGGAUAAAAUUUUCUGGACACGUGUAGUAAGGAGUUAAUAUUUUACAAAUGGAUAUUGAAAAUAUGUAUCAAUUUCUAGAAACUGUUUUAAAUUUUCUUUUGCAUACUAAUUUAAUUAUGAUUUUCUCAGCUUUCACACAAUUGUGAUUUUCCUCAUUUGUUUCAAUCACGAAUCUCUUUAUUUCAAAGUCCUUUACAAUGUGCAACUAUAACUUAUAUUGUACUUAAACUAUUGUUUCAUGCUGUGUGCCUUAUAAAUUCUAUAGUGAUUUUAAUUUUUACGAUUGUGAAUAUUUUUUACGCAAUGAGAAAUAUUUAUAUAGCAAAUUUUGAAUCAUUAAUAUUUUUUGUGGUUCUGAAAUUUGAUUAGUUUUUAAAAAAAGAAAUAAUUUUAAACUGUCUGGAAGGGCAGAAUAUAAUUUUUAGAUUCAUAUUAACUUUGGAAUAUGUAAUAACUUGAAAGCUCAAUUAUUUCUCAUUUUAUUUCCUAUUUAGCAUUACACUAAUUAAACAUGCUAUAGUGUUUGUUAAAAAGGUAGCAUAGUGAAAUUUUAGUAGUAUUCUCAUGUAAUGGUAUUAAUAUUAACUAGUGUUUUAUAGUUAUGUAUUCAUCUUUGAGUUAAGUUGUAACAGAAAAAUUUGAGUUAAUGAAAAAAAAAAUUAAGUAUAUUAAUCCAAUCUUCCACUUAUUUAAAAAAUCAUGAUGAAGAUUAGGUUUUCAUAGUAGAUGUUGAAAAGAUCACAUAUUUAUUUAUUUUCUUUUUUAUUAACAUAAUUUCAAGUUAACAAUAAAUUGAAUCCUAUCAGACCAGAUUUUUCAUGUUGUAAAAUAAUAAAAAGAAAUAUUAAUGAAAGACUUAUUUAUCGUAAUAAAUCUUCCGUCCGUUAUGAAAAAAUUUCUUAAAUGGUAAAAAAAUUAAAAAUAAUAUCCAUUACUGAAGUGAUAACUAUUAAAUUUAUUUUUCAAUAUUUUCAUCUAGACCUAUGCUCUGCAAAAAGAUAGGGCGUGUUUAAAGUUGAAAACGCAAUUUUAUGAAGAAAAUUUGAACAUUCCCAGUUAAAAUUAAAAAUAAUGGAGUAUCAAUUUUUAACUCCGUUCUGGCGAGACAUUGAUUAUAAAAAGAUAGAAUUUAAAUGUCAAAUUUCCAUAUAUAUCAAACUCAAACGCAACACCAGAUGGGGUUAUCCUAUCAUUAGCCUUAUAAAAUCCUGCUGUUCCGGAUCUGUUAUCUUAUUAAAUCUAUAUUUACGGAAACCAAGUGAAAAUUUCUGUAAUGGUACGAAAAUUUAAAAAAAAAUAGCAAAUCUGCAAUUUUUUCCUUUUAUUUAUUUAUUUUUUUUUUCUAUUUGAAAGUAGAAUGUUAAGUCCUGAAUACUAUGUACAAUAAAAUUGAACAGCAAAAUUUAAUGCUCAAUGUCGAAUUUAUAAUUUUAAAGAUGCUAAGAGACUGAAAAAGUUAGAGUAACUUCAUUCUAUUUUCAAAAGACUUGGGGAAAGGUUUUUUGAGUGAAACUAGCAUUAUACAAGAUAGGAUCUUAUUGAAUAUUUUAAUGCUGUUUAGUUAGACAUGAUUUUAAAAAAUAAACAUUUUAUCAAGAAAUUAAGAGUUUUGAUUAAAAUAGUUAAAUGUAACUAUUAUAGUGAGGCAGCUAUGAGAUAGGCUAAUACUUUACUUUGUUCUGCCAUUUUCUUUUUAAUUGGUUAUUUAUUUUGAAGCUCUAUUACAAGAAAACUGGUGGGAAACUUAAUGAAAUAAAAGGGUCCUUAAAAGUUUAAAAGAAAAAUGUAGUUUUAUAUGAGUUUACAAAAUAAAGAACAGAACACUGUAAUAGUUUUUGAUGUAAUGAUUGCAUUUAUACAUACUAACUGGAUUCAAAGGGCUAAUUUUAAAUAUGCUGUCUGAGAUAUCAGAUAAAAAUGUACUUUCAAUGAAUAAAUACUAUAUAAGUAGACCCCAUUUUUGAUUAAUAGAUUGCAAAUUUCUGGUUAUGUUGUGUAAGUCGACCAAAAUAUAAACAUUUUUAAAAUUAAAAGAAGAUUAUUAAAGACUGCAAAAUUUGUUUCAAGAGAAAAAUAUUUUACAUUUUUCUCUGGAUAUGAUAUAUACCCUCAAAUAAAGACACAUUACAUUAUUGAAUCCAACACAAAUAAUAUUUUUGAAUUUGUAGCAUUAUGGUAUAUUUAAAAACUUUUCAUUAUGUUAUAUGCUUUGAAAUAAUCUUGAAUAAAUUAUAUUAAAUUUUCUUAUCCUUAAUUUUUUUUUUCUGAAUGUAAUUUAAAGUGUUUUUAAAAAAACCUUUAUAUGUAAGGAAUAUGUAAUGAAAGAAGAAAAUUAAUUGUAUAUUAAAAAUAGAUUUUGAAAGGAGUAAAUUGGUACAGUGUAAUUAAUAUCUAACUCAUUGUUUAUAAGGCAUCAAUAUUUCACGAUCAACAAACAUCGAGCUUUGAUACCCUAUGAAUAAAUGGACCCUCUGAUUUUUAUAAAAUUUUGGGGGUUUGAAAAAAUGUAUAGUAAACUUUUUUUUUAUGAAUUAGGAUUCUCGAUUCUCAAAAUAUGAAGGUUGUCACAGUUUGGAAAAUAUGGCCCAUCAUAAGUUCUUAACAUUUUUAUUUUGCGCACUAUGCAUUACAAUAUGUGCCUGGUCUGAAGGGAUUGCGAUUACUGUAUUUCAGUUUGUUGUUUUACUUUUAUAAAAUUCAGCAAAGCGUAACAAUUUGAAAAUUUUUAAAUCUCAUUCCUCUUAGGGGUACUUUUCCCGCUAUAUUGUGCCACUAAAGUUCUUUUUUUGUGUCAGUAUACUAUUUAAUUCAGAAUAUAUAUGUAUUUUUUUGUUUUGUUAAUAUAUAAGGCUUAAUGUAUUUAGCCUUGGGCAGUAGCGUUUUGUGGUUAAACAAAAAGUUUUAUGGCAAAACAGUAGAGUUCUUAAAAUAAAAAAUUUUAAAAAUCACUUUGUCUAAUUCCAGUUACAAGUAGUAACUUUUGAGUAGUUAAAAGUGUAAAAUUACAUCAAAUUUACUUGUGAAGUGAAGUUACUAACUUCCUAAAUUUUAAAGUUUGAAUAUUUUACAUACUUUUUAAUAUACUCGUUUUUACAAACAAACUUUUAUUGUUUUCAAAGUAUCUUAAAAUUUUAACAGUGUGUAGAAUAAAUUUUAGCGAGCCAAAUCAAUGUACAGGCCAUUUUUAUAUAGGAUAAUUAUAGUGUGAGAGAAAUUAAUUCAUUUAUUAUGUAAGUUAGUAAUUAAAUUUUGAAUUUUCAUGAAACGUUUUGUGUCCUAGUUCCAUUGUAUCCAAUCAGUUAUGAAAACUUAUGUUGUUAUGUCAAUUGCAAAUUAUUUAAAAAAUGUAAAUUUUGAUAUAACAAAGUAAUAAAAAUUAUUUCAAUAAA